AUGAAGUUUCGUCGACAUGCGCGCAAGCCUGGAGAGGACAUUCAAGUUUUCGCGUAUGGGUUGGAAACAUUGCUCAGCCGAGCGAUCCCUAAUAUCGGGAAUGACGAGAGAGAUACGCUUUUAAAACAACAAUUUAUUGAAGGAUCGUCUCCUGCGCUAAAACGGGAGCUAUUGCAAAGACCGAGUCCGAAAUACGAGGAGACCGUCAAAAUUCCACAACAAUUAGAUUUCACACCCGAGCUAUCAAGUCCAAAUUCCGAUCAUGAUGUGGAACCUGACGAGAGUUCAGAGAGAGAACGUAUCGAGCAGCGAGUCAACAGUGGUGCGCCAGUUAAAGGAAAGUGUUGAGGUCCUCACCGAAAAGGUUAACCAACUUUUGACAUCGGUAAAUACCAACAGCGAAGUGGCAGCGAUACGAACGGAGAACCCCCGUCGUGGUAGAGCUUGUUAUAACUGCGGCGGAUUUAACCAUAUCGCGAACGAAUGUCGACAACCCAAGCGAAGAAAUGAUCGUAAAAGAAAUGACCCUGGGCAACGCUGGAUCGGGAAUUACUGCUUUGUGUGUGGUGGCCUUGGACAUUUUGCCCGUGAUUGUCAAUAUCGGUAUCAAGCCCCACAACAACGACACCAGGGAAACUACCACGGGCUGACCCGCUAUUAGUCCUGGUGUCAACCCGCGAAGGCAGCGCCAUUCCAAUAAACAGUGUCUUGCCAACUGCAAUUUUUAUUAAAGCUACAUUAAGUGGACACCUGCAACCGUUGUCUCGUAGAUACGGGGCAACUGUGUCACUGGUAAACAAGAAUACUGUCCAAGGACACAUACGGGAAUGUAAAUUGAAGGCUCGAGGAGCUGGUGGAGAGAACUUGCACGUGAUUGGCAUGACUGAUAUUCAUGUAAGAGUGAACGGUUUAAAUGUAGUCCACACUUUUGUGGUAGUAAAUAUGCAGAACCAGUGUAUCUUCGGCGUCGAUUUCUUGAAAGCGAACGGAAAGGUUGUUAACAUUGCACAGGAACUUUUGUCAUGGGACUCGGGGGAAACGCGACUGCUUAUUGAAGCAGCUGCGCCAACUCUGCUGGAUAAAUAUGUAGACGUGUUUGUAAAUGUAUCCAGACGUGUUUGUAAAUCCUCUCUUGUAAAUUUUCACGGUCUCCUCUGCCAACUACAGUCGUCAACCAUCCUCAUUUACCGGAUGAAGAGAUCGUCAUCGGGGUUAGACCCACUCUUAUUGAAACCGAAUGGUCCUUGGAAGAGAUUUAUCAGGCACAGCACGAUGAUCCAGUUGCCUCUACUGUACAUCAGGCAAAGUUAAACACGCCGGCAGAACAAGAAGCUCCUAGUGAUUGGACAGAUGAUAGUGAACUUCGUCGUUAUCGGCAAGUUUGGAAACAACUGGAAAUAAUUGUCGGUGUUUUGCAUCGACGCGUAUCAACAAGUGGUCGGAAAGAUGGUCUCGUUCUUGUAGUUUUUCGGAAAAUGCGUGCGGAUCUGUUGCGGCUCUCUCACAAUGAUCCUAGUUCUGGGCACAUGGGUAUUAAUCGCUGCGUCGAACGUUUGCAGCCGUGGUAUUAUUGGCCUAGAAUGACCAGCGAGGUGCAUCUGUGGGUUGCAGAGUGUGGCGGGUGCCACCAAAGGAAAUCGUCGUCAGCAUCUCACCGUCCCCCAAUGGAGAACAUCCAAGUAUCUCAACCGAUGGAGUGGUGA